UUCAUUGUAGCAAUUUUCCAGUUUCGAUCAAUUCCGAAAAAAUGAAGUUUUGGAAGACAAUGUGGGUGGAAUUCGGCCCCGCCGCGAUUUGCUUCAUACUCUGGUUCACUCACGCCAGUCUUUUGUUUUAUGCUCUGUGGGAAGACUUGACGUUGGCGCCGCUGCUGAUGCUCCUGGCGCGUCCGUCGGUGCCGUGGGGAGGUGGCGGUUGGCUCCACCUGGCCUACGUGGCGUGCACGGGACUCUUUUACCUGGCGCAGCUGCCCUUCCUGCUCAACCAGGGGAUGGUGGCGCCUCUGGUGUCGGGCUUGCGCGUCGAGAACUGCUCUUGGGUGCACACGCAAUUUGUUGAGCAGCUUCUGGGCAUGCGCGAGCUCGAAGCCGACACCCGCCACUACGCGAUACCCGCCGUGUGCACUGCCCUUUUGGUUUCCCUGACCACACUGAAAAAGCGGAAAGCUGCCCAUGUGGCUCCCCUCUUCAAAGCCUUCUCUGUUGAGGCCCUCGACACGGUUGCCGUGUUCGUGAGCGUUUUGGCGCUGGUGGUGGCCGGCUGUGUGUGGCCGUCAGGGCUGCACGCCCCCUACCUCCUCGUUGCGAUUUUUUGCUCUUUUGGCUGGGCGUCCGACGCUUCCUGGAUGACCAAGCGUUGUCUGGUGAUCAUGCUGCGCUGCGUUGCUGCCUACGUCGUCCUGCACCUUCUGCUGCUCGUCACCUACCACAAUUUAUACCUCUACACGCACCUCUCCUGCCAAGCCAAUCUCACCAAUGUUCUCGGCUUGAAGAAAAUGCGCGACUGGAUGUGCGAGGAGCCGUGCUCAAGGCAGGAAGACACGUCGCACCUGGCCGUGCUCCUGAGUCUGCUCUGCGUAUGGGUGGCGACCUCUCAGUGCGCGGCAAGGCUCAGGGACAGUCUGCAAUCACGUCUGCCUGGAAUAUAUCGUGACCUAGCCCAAGAGGAAGUCCCUGUGGUUGAAGACUCCAGCACGGAACUCCAGGACUUGCUCUUCGGCACCGUUAUGAAUUCCACCAUGAUGGUGUGGAGCGUCAUGUUUCACUCGUGGCUGGGCUUCUUCAUGCUGAUGAUGGCCAACGUCAUGUGGCUGAUCCCGCGCCAGAGCGUGCUGAUGAAACGCAUGGUGCGCUUCGUGUCCGUCUACGCGUGCGCACUUGUGCUCGUCACCUACGCCACCAGCUUCACCUAUGACUACCCUGAGCACGUUUCCGGCCUCCACCUGCGCCAGUUUGGCUUCCGCUUUGAGCAGGAGACGCAAGUCCUCUUGCUACUGGUCCAGUGCCUCUUCACCGCGGUGUGCCUGGUCACCUUUCGUCAGUACACGAAGCCGUACAUCGCAGGCCUGAACAUUCCCCUUUCAGGUUUCAAGCGAUGGGUGAAGGUGAUCACCCUGAUGUGGGUGCGUCUGGCCCUUCUGGUGAUCGUCAUCAUGAUCCUUUACGACGUGCAAGUGUUCAAAAUCGUCGCAGUGCCAUUCUACAUCAGCAUCGCCCUGGCCAUGUGGAUUCCGCACCGACCUGGCGUUCCUCUGACCCUGUUUUUCUUCCUGCUGGUGGCGGUGGCAGAGGUCAAACUGAUUCUCACCUACCUGUACAACUUUGAAGGCGCGGCAAAGUUCGCCGGCCGGCUGCUUGACCUGAGUGCUGUCAGGAUUUACUUAACCUUUGGACUGCGAAAGAUGAAGGGAGGGGCCUUGCUGCUGCACCUGUGGCUGCCCAACAUCUUGGCCAUGUUCUCGGCUAUCUUCUUGACCGCCCUGAAGCACCAGAUGGUGGAAAAUCUGCAAAAGAAUUGGGAACUCUGGCAGCUUAAAAUGUCCGAGCUCAUUCUUGUUUCCUGCGUUCGAAGGGAUGAUGCAGCCACUGAGGAGGACAAGGUCAAGAGAGAGUGACCUGACGUCAUGUAAAUUACGUCCUUUCCGAAGGGCGACUUUUCUUUUAAAA